AUAAAACUUUCAACAGCAAACAGAUCUGUGUGUGUACACUUUAGGUUUACACAUACACACAUUAAGCUCUAAAUCAAUUCAAACAGUCCGCCUUGAUAGACCCGUUUGUGAACGAUAUAUCUAUGUAAAUGUUGACAUUUUCUAGAAACUAAAGCAGCAAGUUCUCUUUAUAAUACCCUGAAGAGUCGACAAAAUAGUAAUGUAACGGCCCACACAUUGUAAUUAAAUUCAAAUAACCACACCCAUUCUGGGAAAAAAAAACUGACCCUAUUUUCCGUCAAAUGUGUUUUUUUAACUUUUUGGCUGCUAGAAAAGAAAAUUAGAAGAGAAAAAAGCCGUAUGAAACUGCUUUGAAACCGUAAUGGGAUAUAAAUUUAAUGUGAAGUCUGGCGAUGCAGGAGUUGAAGAAUAUUUGGAAGUUCCUGGAGAAUCCUACCCGAAAAGAAAAUUCAACAGAAGAAUUUUUGCCCUGUUUGGAAUAAUGACUCUUCUUUGCACAGCUAUAGGAGUUGGUGUUGGAAUACAUGUUACUGGGAAAACACACAAGAAUGUAGAAGCCUUAAACCAAACAAGGCCAACAACAACAACGACAAAAAUACCAACUACUACAACACCAUUAAAAGCUUCUGACAGACAUCCGUUGUUGCUAAUAGCCAUAGGACAUUUCAGAGCAAAUUACCUUGAUAGAAAUGUCACAAAAACACUGAAAAUGUUGGCCCAGGAAGGUGUACAUGCAACAUAUAUGCAGAGCGUCUACCCAACGCUGAGCUCACCAAAUCUGUACUCAAUCGUAACAGGUUUGUAUCCAGAAUCCCAUGGAAUCACAAAUAAUGUGAUGGUAGAUUCCAAAAUCAAAUCCAAAUUUGAUGCCAACAAUGUUUCUUCAACUUUAGACCCAAGAUGGUGGCAAGGAGAACCAAUUUGGGUAAAAGUAGGCCACAAGAAAGCAAUCUCUUUUGGAUGGCCAGGUGCAAAAGUCAACAUUUCAGGUGUAAUUCCAGAGAAGUUUCCAGACAGGGAAAAAUCUCUUCCAACGAAAUUAGCUAUGUGGUAUAUUGUGCAACAGUUAAAAUUCCCACCUGUUGUCCAGCCUCACCUCAUCACUUGGUACAUUGAUGAUUUGGUGAAGGUCAGUGAAACUUAUGGUCCAGACAGUCCUUUGGUUGAUGAUGCAAUAAAAGAUAUUGAUGACACCCUACAAGUCCUCGUGGAUCAACUUCGGUCUUUGAUGCUUCUCACUUCAGUAAACAUCAUAAUAGUGUCCGAUCACGGGAUCAUGAAGACUUCCCCAGAAUUGACAAUUCAGCUUCCAUCUAAUAACCUUGAUAUUGAAUGGCAGAUUAAUGGAAGGACAUCUGCUAUGAUAGCUUUGGCAGAAGGAAACUCCACCAGUACAUCAGGCAGAACAGAAUUCAUAAAAAAUCUUGAAUGUAGUCAUUCAAAUUUGAAAAUCUUCACCAAAGAUUCUAUCCCAAAGCUGUCCCAUUUCUUUAACAACCCAAGGUCAGGAGAUGUGUAUAUCACAACCAGAAAUCAGUGGAUGAUUAAAAACAAGAACGACUUUUCACUUGGAAGCUCUGGUUUUGAUGUCCGAGAGGAAAACAUGAAGGCCAUAUUCAUUGCAAUUGGACCAGACUUCAAAGAGAGACUAGAGAUUGAACCUUUUGAAAAUGUGGAACUCUACAACAUGAUGUGUGCCUUACUAAAUGUUCCACCAAAUGACAACAACGGUACAAAUGGACGUUUAGAAGAUGCUCUGAACAUGGAUUUGAAAAAACAAAAGUCAACCAUUUUCCUCAUAGAAAAAUGUGUCCGUUCAAACAACAUCAGUACAAUAAUGCCAGUUUCUUCUCGCUGUUCCAAUUCAUCAGAAAUUGAGAAAUUGAUUAAAGAAAGACUGAAGAAAGCAGAAGAUGAUAAGGAAUCUCUCAUCAGAAAACAUUUGCCUUUCUUGGUGUUGUCUAGUACCAAAGACAUGUCCUCCUGUAUUCUUCCCCAGAGAGACUAUAUCGUGGCUGUUGAUACUAAUACAAGUAUGCCGUUGUGGGCGGCAUUUACACUUAAUAUACAAUCGAAAUGGAAGAAUGAGGAGGAUAAUAAUGUGCAAUUAAAUAAGAAAUGUCUUUUCCUUGAUACCAGACUAAACAAAAGUCUAUGGGGACACACUGUUGCAAAAAUGAAGAACACUGGUCAUCUAUUCAAUCUCGACUUCCUCAAUGCCACUGAAGGUAUGCUCUCCUCUAACACUGUACCAAUGAUGGAAGGAUUCAAGAAUGGCAUCUGGAAGUUUCUAUGGAGCACCAUAAAGCAGUAUGCUUACCAAGGUGACAUUGCUGUAGUCCUUGGACCCAUCUAUGACCAAAACCAAGAUGGUCAUGCAGAUAAUAUGACCAGUUUUCAUGACUCAUCUCCACCAUCUCCGACCCAUUUCUUUGCAAUUCUUCAAAGAAAUCAAGACCAGAAAUCUUCCACAAGCUUGGAUAUUAUUUCAUUUGUUCUUCCACAUUUACCAAAAGUAACAAACUGCAUGAACUUUAGGGAAUACUUGCUUGACAACAUUGUCAGUCUUCAAGACAUAGAACACUUGACAAAUCUCAGAUUCGACCGUAGUCUUAAUGUUAAACAACGGACCUUCCUAUCUCCAUAUCUAUGGAAUGUGCCCAAUUCUCAACCAUGGUUAAAACAAGAAUGCUCUCAAGAAAAGGCAUGUGAAAGAACACCAAUUUUGCUCUUAUUGUCCUUGCAUAAUUUUAAUGCAGACAAUUUAAAUCUUGUGAAAAUGCCUGCAUUGGAAAAGCUUAAGCGCUGUGGUGUACAAGCAUCUUACAUGCGACCAGUUUAUCCUUAUAAAAGUUUACCUAAUCUGUACAGUAUAGUCACUGGUUUGUAUCCAGAAUCUCAUGGGAUCAUUGAUGAAGAAAUGUAUGAUCCAGGGCAGAAUAAAUCUUUUACAUCCACAUCCAGUGAACCUUUCUGGUGGGGAGGAGAACCAAUAUGGAAUACUGCUGAAAACCAAAACAAAACGUCUUCUGUUUACUUUUGGCCAGGAUUCAAGGAUAAAAAGACAGGGAAGAGAGUGUAUGAAAGUCCUAUUGAUUACAUUAAAGGGGUGAACAUGAUACUAAAUGAUUUGAGUCUUCCACCAGAGAAACAGCCAAAUGUUAUUGCAGCAUAUUUAAAGACACCUAACCCUGACCUACAUAUUGAAGACCAACUCAACUUGAUCAAUGAUGCAAUCAACCAGUUGAUGAAUGGUAUCAAAGAACGACAUCUCGAAAACUGUAUCAAUUUAGUCAUUGUAUCUGACCACGGCACAAAAGAAAACUCUUGUGGGAGGCUUGUAAAUUUGUCUGACUUUGUGAAUGUAACGUCUUUAGUAUUUGAUGGCGAAGCAUCACGCAUUGAUACACGCUUUAAAAAGACAGGGAAGGAUGUUGUGCCACAGUUAGACAGUGUCAAAAGUUCAGAAAACCUUAAUAUUUCAACAAAGAUCAACUGUGGAAAUAGACACGUUUCCCUUUAUAAUCCUUCAACUCUGCCACGCCACUUCCACUAUACUCACAACCAACGCAUUGGCGAUUUCAUCCUUGUCACUGAUGCUGGUUGGAUCGUUGCUCAGUCAUCCGAAACCGAAUGCAAAAAACUCAAUUAUGAUCUUGACAACAGCAAACAAGCCUUUUUCCUGGCUUCUGGACCAAGUUUUGUGAAUAGCACUCUCACCGAACCAUUUGAUAAUAUUGAAUUAUACAAUAUGAUGGCAGACCUCUUGAAAAUUGAACCAGCUCCAAAUAAUGGUACUGAGGGUGCACUAAAUGCCAUAUUACUAAAGAAUGCUUCACUUCCACAGGAGACACCAAAACAAGCUAACUAUACUUUGUGCCAAUGGUCCAAUGUGACUAAAACAAACAUUUGCCCCCAAUUACUUUCAAAUGAACCACAGAUUUAUGUGGAUACUUUCAAUGAGCAUUUACCGUUUGGUCUCCCAUAUUUAGAAGAACAUUCUGGAAAAAAUUGCCUUCAAUUUUCCAAAUCUUUUGUCUUUGCAUUUGAUUCUGAAUUGCAAAUGCCAAAGUGGGUCUCUUCUACAAUGAAAAAGGUUAGAAGCACAACAAAGCCACCUCAUCCACUCUCCCAGUCAGACAUCUCAUCAACUAAUUGCUUCAAAUAUAACAGCAAUACUUCAAAUAUCUCUACAGGAUACCUUCUACCUUACGUUGAUGAUGAACAUUAUAUGAAGACUGCUGUUCCUAUGUUUGAAGGAUUCAAAAAUGGAAUUUGGAAAGAAAUUCACAAUUUAAUUAAUGAGUAUAGGACAAAAUAUUCAUUAAUAAAUGCUGUAGCUGGUCCGAUUUUUGAGAACAUAACAGUUGGUGAAGAUGUUGAUGAUGCUACUGUUGCAACCACGAGACAAAUAUCGGAAGAAAACAGAACUACUUUUUCUGUUCCAAGCCAUUUUUAUCUUAUUUUGGGCAAAUGCCAAUCAGAUGGCGACUUCCAAGACUGCCGAAACCAUACUGAAAUAAUGUCAGUCAUUCUUCCUCACACCCAAGAAACUGCCAGUUGUAAGAGGCCCAGGAAAUAUAUUGAAGAAUAUCGUUCUCGAAUAAGAGAUGUCGAAAUUUUGACUGGUACUGAAUUUUUGACAAAUCUCUCAAAAUCUGAUUCUGUCAGGCUCAGAACAUUUUUGCCAUCAAAACUUUGGGAAGGAAAACGUGCAUCCUCUUGGAUGAAUCGGCCAUUCUGUGAAAAAAUUGAUACAAGUCAAUGCAAAAAUAUGUCAAAUGGUCCAACUUUAAUAUUCAUCUCAUUGGAUGGAUUCCGAGUGAGUUAUCUCAACAGACAUGUUACACCUGUAAUCAGUCGUCUCAGAGAAUGUGGAGUCCAUAGCCCUUACAUGAAACCAGCGUUUCCAUCAAAAACUUUCCCAAAUCAUUUCAGUAUGGCCACUGGACUCUAUCCAGAAACUCAUGGAAUUAUUGCCAACCGCAUGUUUGAUAUCAAGUAUAACGACUCUUUCAAGACAGGUAAUAUUGAUAGCAAGUGGUGGAAUGCAGAACCGAUUUGGAAACGAUUUUCAGACAAUGGAAUAAAAACAGCAGCUCUCUAUCCUGGAAGUACUGUACUGAAAUAUCACCCAGAUAAUUAUGAGAAAUAUACUCCGGUGAAAUCUUUUGAAGAUAAUAUGGAUAAAGCUGUUGCAUGGAUUAAAAAUGGAGUGAGAUUUGUUGCCCUUUAUUUUGAACAACCAGAUGAAUCAGGUCAUAGACGUGGACCUAAUUCAGCAAAGGUUGUUAAGGCUCUACAAACAAUUGAUAGUAUCAUUGGAGUACUGAUGGAUGAAUUAUAUGAAGAAAGACUUGAGAACUGUAUUGACAUCGUCAUUGUAGCAGAUCAUGGUAUGACGGAUAUUUCACUAGAGCGAGUUGUUGAACUCUCUGACUUUCUAAACGAGGCAGCUCUUAAGCAAGUGAUGUCUAUUGGCGCCUUAGUGAGGAUCUCAGCCAAGUACAAAAAGGAAAAUAACGGAACAGAGAUGUUCACCAAUGAAACAAAAGAUAAAGUUUCCGAAGAAGAGUUGUUAUCUGACCUGAAGUGUCAAAGUCCACACAUGAAUGUUUAUGCCAAAAGACAUUUGCCUAAAGUUCUUCACUAUGCUAACAACAUAAGAAUUGAAGAUGUGGUUAUUCUACCAGAAGACAAAUGGUCUGUUGUAAAGGAUAUAGCUUUAUAUACAGAUAAAGGAAGCCAUGGUUAUGACAACCGAUACAGAAGCAUGAGGAGCUUAUUCCUUGCUUACGGGCCAGAUUUCAAGCAAAAUUUGACAAUCAAACCUUUUGAAAAUAUUGAACUUUAUAAUCUGUUUACUGAUAUCUUCAAUGUUACCGGUGCUCCAAACAAUGGAACAGUGGGCCGUUUGGAUAGCAUUUUGCAUUCACCGCCAAUAAGGAACAAGCAGAGUCUGAUGGGCCAAUAUUUGAAAACACCUUUCAAUAUGUCACUUGUGAAGUUGAAGCAAUUUCUUCAAGAUAACGAUUGUCCUAACUCCCCAGUAUUCAGCAAAAUGGUGAAGGGAUUAUUUGUCUUACUCAAUGACUCAAACAACCACACGGAUUUUGAAGGGGCUAAAUCUUUUGGUUUGCCUGCAUCUAACACGACGGUGUUACUCCUACCUCAUACUUCCCAUGUAACUGUUUACGAUUCUGGCAUCAAGCUUCCGACCUUUAUUGCUACCACGUUAACCAAGGAGAACAAGUUAAAACAAAAGAGCUCUAAAGAGGUCAGCUGUUUCAUCCCUGAUCCUAGAUUGACCGGUCAGUCAAAGUACCUCCCAAAUUGUUCCCAGGAAGCUUCCACAAAGGACAACUUAACUUGGAUGAAUUUGUAUCCAUCCGAUUUCAUCACUGAUGAUAAAAAGAUUAUUUUAAAUCUGUCAUCGAGCUGUAUUCCUGUUCCAUAUAAAUUUGUUUCUGAGUUGUGGGAUGAAGCAUUAAACAAGAUUUCUGAAUGGUUAAACACUUACUCAGAGAUCAAUAUGUUCAGUGGACCAAUAUUUGAUUAUGAUUUGGAUGGAAGAGCUGAUGAUCAAGAAACAAUAUGGAAGUUUUCUCCUGAAACAGUUCCAACACACGUUUUCCUUGUACUUACCUCCUACAAUCACACAAAGUCUGAUUUGGAAAACAGUGUCGCGUACAUCCUACCCACUGAUCUUGGAGAUCAUUCAUAUUGCAGGACGCCAUCCUGGAUUCUACAGAACCAUAAAGCCCGCAUAAGAGAUGUGGAAUUAUUAACCAACUUGGAAUUCUUCCCUGAAAUGACAUCUGAAAAAGCUGUUAUUUCUAGAACUUCAUUGUAACUAACA